CAAAGACGUAAAUAAUAGUAUGACGAAUAACACUGAUUAUCUUCAGGUUCUUUGGGAACUGAAAUACUCCGAUCUCGCUUUAAGCAGUACUAUUCUGAUAAUCAUCGGAGGUAUCGUUGGAAUCCUAGGGAAUGUUUCAGUAAUAAUAUGUUACUUCUUUCGGAUUGAGAAGUGCGGAGAGCGUUAUUUUAUUCCGGUGUUGGCAGUCGUUGACCUGGUUGCUUGUAUAACAAGUUCUAUUUUCUAUGUUAUGGAUAAUACAUUUUUCUUCAAUUAUCCCUACGAUUUGAUGUGUCGUAUUCUGACAUUUCUGCAGCUGCUUGUACCAGCGACUUCGGCAAGUUUAUUGGUCAUAAUUAGUCUUCAAAGAUAUUUAUUAGUUUGCAAACCUCACGGACCAAAGAUGACAUUACGUUGGAAAAGGAUUUCAAUUGGUGUCGCAUGCUUGUUUACUUUAUCUUACUCUGCACCGAUGCUUGCGAUAUCUGGGAUUAAAACAUCAAAUGAAACGUUUCAGAAUCAUACAAUACAAAUUACAGUCUGUAAAUUUUCAACAGCAGAAACUUCAGCUAAGAUAACAGUGUACUUCGGUUUUCUUCUUCUGUUAACGAUUAUCAGUAUUCUGGUAACCAUAAGUUUGUUCAUACCAGUUUUGAGGAGGAUAAAACUCUCCCUUCUUGGGAAAUUCAGAAAUAAACAUCAAAAUACACCACCUUAUACUGAUUCGGUGUCCACAAAAGAUAUAGAACUGAGAAAAUGCGUAGGAAAAACGCAGGAAAUUCAGAUCCAGGAAAAAUCUAGCUCCAAUCCAAGCAUUGAUACAUCCUCUACUUUGAGAGGUGAUCUUGAUGCUAAUAAAUCAGUAAAUACUUUAGCAACCGAGGACAGUGAAAGAAUAAGAAAGGAAAAAACAACAAGAAGAAUAACAAUUAUGUUUUUUGUCAUCAUUGUUGCUUAUGUUUUAUCUUAUAUUCCUUCGUUAAUCAUUUUAAUUGUAGUAUAUACUGUUGGUGAUCUCAAUUUUAUUUCUAUAUCCAAAGAGGCAGCAUUUGUUAGUACUUACCUUGCGCGGUUUGUGUUUCUAAACCACAUUGUCAAUCCCUUUAUUUAUAGUUACUUUGAUGAAAAGUUUAGAACAGAACUGAGAAAGUUAUUAACACAGGUAAAAACAUACUGGAUGGUACAAAAUGAUGAAUAAAGUGUGUAGACACAGUUGGAUUGAGAAAAUGAGUUAAUUUAUUCAAUUAUAUACACGUUAACUAGAUUUCAAGAGACUCAAUUUCACUGCCAAUUUUGAGGCAUUUGGACUGGUUUUAAUAUACUAACCUCCUUACUGUCAAUGUUAACGGUGAAUUCGAACUCUUUUCAAUGGAACAUUUCAAACAAUUAAAAUGUAGAUGGAGAUAUUGCUGAGAGAGAUGUGUCAAAAACAUUUUAUUCGAGUAUCCGAGUACGGAAUUUGCAAUCGAGUGUUCGGUCUUCAGAGCGAGUACUCGUCCAGGAUAUGGUUGGUCACCUAAAAAAAUGAUUAAAUUACGAUUUCUUUGCUAAUUUAAUGUAAUCAAUAACAUAACAAUUACUCCUAAAUUCAAAUGUAAUCGAUUACAUUUGAUCGAUUACUUUUUUUUAAGUAAUCAUGAUUACAUUGGAUUACAUUGUAUACUGUGAUAUUAAAGUUUUUUUUAAAACAUAAAAAACGAAAAAAAGAACGUUAAUUUUUGUGAAAAGUUGUGUUUUUAAUAUCUUUAAUAUAUAUACAGCAUAUAUGUUAUUAAGAACUUAAAUCAGGAGCAGUGUAAUAUUAGUAUUGUUUGAUAGCAUAAGAAAAUGACAUUUCUCUAUCAUAGAAAAAACAUUGUCUUUAAAUUUAUGAAUAUUUUAGCCCAGUGUUUAUUUGCAGUUAACAAAAACAAUUGAGGGACUAUUGAAUGAUCAAAUAGCUUUAUUGUAUAUUUUGCCAUGGACAUGAUUGUAUGAAAAAAUUUCAAUAUUGGAUAUUAAAAACACAUUUGAAUUUUUAUAGAACAAAAAAUUGAUGAAGAUUGUGAAACAAAAAAAUUAAGGUGUGAUUUCCGAAGCACCAGAGAUCACCCCCAGUUUUUGGUGGGGUUCGUGUUGCUCAGGCUUUGGUUUUCUAAGUUGUGUUUUGUAUACUGUUGUUUGUUUGUUUGUCUUUUUCUUUUUUAGCCAUGGCAUUGUCAGUUUAUUUUCGAUUUAUGAUUUUGCAUGUCCCUUUAAUAUUCUUCGCCUCUCUUUUUCCAUUACUUUUAA